GUUUCACAGGAGUACCAGGACGACUCAGGAGAGGGCGAGGUCAGCAACGAUAUCCCUAUAAUCGCUAACGACAAGCGAGCGUCAAACCUGGGCAACCGAGUGAGUAUCUUAAUUACUGUAGCCCCCCCCCCCCCCGCCAAGCAACCUCAGGUAGACCAUUACGUUAAUUCUCGCUAUAACUUACGUGUUUACGUAAUCAUGAGUAAUGUGCUCACUGUCAGGGAAAAGUCACAUUAUGCAUCUUUCCUUCUUCUUACUGCUCUACCUUGUUCCUUAUAUUGUCUGCCCUUAACUGUAACAUUAUUUCCUAACUACAGUGUAUUAAUACGAAUAACCAGCAACUUCAAUCUAUUCUCUGGUGCUGUGGUUAGUUUAUGA